AUGGCGCCCAAUUCUCCCAAAGAGAGCAGCAAACAAAUCAUCAAUGCCCUUACGUCCUCCUACAAUGACCAAAUCCGCCCCCUACUCGACGCCGUCGACCGCCUCCGCCACCUUAAGGUGAUGCAGGAAGGUAUCGAGCUUCCAACCAUCGUCGUCGUCGGCGACCAAUCGUCCGGCAAAUCCUCUGUUUUAGAAUCCCUUGCUGGCAUCAGUCUCCCCCGCGGCCAAGGCAUAUGUACCCGAGUCCCCCUCAUCAUGCGCCUCCAAGGCGAUUCCUCUCUUCCCGUCCCUAAGCUCCACCUCGAGUACAAGGGCAAGCAGGUCCCUGUCUCCGAGUCCGCCAUCACCGCCGCCAUCGAGUCCGCGACGGCAGAGAUCGCCGGCUCCGGCAAAAACAUCUCCGACUCCCCCCUUACCCUCGUCGUCCGAAAGAAAGGCGUGCCCGAUCUCACCAUGGUCGACUUACCCGGCAUCACCCGAGUACCCGUGCACGGCCAGCCUGAGAACAUCUACGAGCAGAUCUCCGGCAUAAUAAUGCAGUAUAUAAAACCAGAGGAGAGCAUUAUUCUUAACGUUCUCUCCGCAAGUGUAGAUUUCCCUACCUGUGAAUCCAUCCGGAUGUCACAGCAGGUCGACCGCACCGGCGAGAGGACACUUGCGGUAGUUACCAAGCCUGACAAGUCGCCGGAGGGCCUUCUUGAGAAAGUCACAGCCGACGACGUCAACAUUGGCCUCGGUUAUAUUUGUGUGAGAAAUCGUAUUGGUUCGGAGACAUAUGAGGAGGCCCGUGUAGCUGAGAAGAUUUUGUUCGCUGCUCAUCCUCUGCUUUCAAAGAUCGACAAGUCCAUAGUUGGAAUCCCUGUCUUGGCGAGCAAGUUGAUGCAGAUCCAAGCGCAAAGCAUAGCAAAAUCGUUACCUAACAUUGUGAAGAAAAUCAACGAAAAGCUGAACCGCAAUGUUUCAGAACUGGAAGCCAUGCCAAAAAAUCUGGCCUCCGUUGCCGACGCCAUGAGAGCUUUUAUGCAGAUUAUUAGCAAAGCGAAGGAGGUGCUCAGGAAGCUGCUACUAAGAGGAGAAUUUGAUGAUUUUCCCGAUGAUAAAAAAAUGCAUGGCACGGCGCGGCUAGCUGAAAUGCUGAACUCUUAUGCCACCGAGCUGCCGAAAGAUUUUCCGGUUACGAAAGAAGCAUUCUUGCUGGAAGAAAUCGGGGUGCUGGAAGAGGCAAGAGGCAUCGGCCUUCCAAAUUUUCUUCCCAGAACCGCUUUCUUGACUAUUCUUCAGAAGAAGGUAAAGGAUGUAUCGACCACCCCGCUAGAUUUCGUCGGGAGGAUAUGGAGUUAUUUAGAAGAUGUGGUUGUGCGAGUUCUCGACGAUGCAACGGUAAACUAUCCUUCCCUUCAGUCGUGCAACAGAAGGGCCGCGCAAAAUCUCAUCAGCAAAAUGAGGCUGCGUUCGAACCAUGUCGUAAAAGAUAUUAUAGAAAUGGAGCAAGUUACAGACUAUACUUUCAAUCCAGAUUAUAUGAAAAUAUGGGUGGAGCUCAUGGAACUUCAAGAACCUUUCAUGGAAGUUGUGCAUGAUUCUUCAAAGCCAACAAAGAUAAACCUUAAAGUUGUUGGUGAAGUGGAUGUGUCGCAUUUGCGGGGGAGGCGUGAUGUGAUAGUUGAACAAGCAUUUGAUAUGAGGAUGAGGCUUAUUUCUUAUUGGAAGAUUGUGGUGUUGAGGUUGGUUGAUGUUUUGGCUCUGCAUAUUCUCUACGAUGUGAAGAAAUUAGUAGAAAAUGAGCUUGAAACAGAGAUUUUGAAUGAAGUGGUCGGCGGACAGAAGAUGAAUGGGAUUGAGAAGAUGCUGGAGGAGUCUCCUUCAACUGCUGGGAAGCGGGAGCGAAUAAGGAAGAGCAUUCAGCUGCUGAAGGAGUCGAAGGAGGUGGUGGCGAAGAUCAUGGAUAGAGUUUCUCUCAAUGGCGCUGAUUGA